AUGCGAGCACGCGGAAUGAUCCGUCGUUCGUGCAACGGUGGUGGUGCAAGCUUGAAGCUUGGGCUGCGGUGGCUGACUCUUCUCUUAUCUCUCCCAGCGGCAGCAUCAGGGCCAGGGGCAACAUCACGGGAGGAAGCUAAAGCUAAUAGUUUUGGGACAUCAACGGCGGCGGAGCCGGUGGUGCGGUCGCCGGCUGGGGCGGAGGCUAGGUACGCAGACGGCGGCCCCGGCGAUGUUUUGACGCCGUCGCCCACCGCCGCUGUUUCUUCCGGCGGCGGCGGCGGCGACGGCGGUGUUGGAAAGGGACCCUGCAAGAUCGCCAUCGAACGCAUGCUCUCUCCGGCCAUGGACAAGUGCCUCGCGGUGGCGAACGACGCUUCCAGCGCCCUCAACUUGGACGCCUUCUACCUCAUGCAGCCGCUCAUGGGCUACCCGGGGCAGAUCGGAGACUAUGACCAGUGCUCCAAGGUGGCCCUCUUCGACCCGUCCAUCCAGGCGGUAAUGCAGACCCACCACUGUCUCGCCGGAAGCUUGUCGUUGGCUUCCAACGAGGGGAACGUGCCCUUCGGGGGUCUCUGCGUGCCGGAGGCGUGUUCGCCGGACAUCCUCUCCUUGCCCGCCUUCAGGUCGUGGCUGGUGCAAAAAGCCUUGGAGCUGGACUCGUCGGGAACCUCCACGGAGACCGCCCAGCACUUCCUCUACAACCUGCAGAGACAUUCGCAGCUCGCGGCCGACAUGCACCAGGGGCUGACGUGCGGAACUUACCAGAAGCCGACUUUCGGGUGGGACGCGAUUGCGGUGACGAGCGGGCUGUGCCUUCUGCUCGUGUUGAUCGUCUACGCCACAUGCGCGGAUCUAUUCAACGGAGCAGACUACCCGCAGUCGGGCCAGAGGGUUACCCCCAACAGCAACAGGGCCGGGCCACAGCGCAUUAAAUACGCCGGGCGUAACCCCGUGGAGGGCGGCGGCGGUGGUGGUGGUGGCGGCGGCGGCGACGUCUACGUCUUGCAGCAGGACCACAUCAACAAGAACCUCGCCGCGUUCUCCAUUCCCAGGAACCUCGGCUGGCUUUUUUCUGUGGGGGAGGCUAACGAGCUGAGCGUGUUUGAUGGCCUGCGGGUGCUCAGCAUGCUGUGGGUAGUGCUCGGCCAUAUCCUGGCUGUUCAGGCUUCUAUCGGGUACAUCAACCCUGAGACCGUAAUGCCUCCCAGGGGGCUCCUGGCUACCGUUGUCGGCCAAGUAUUUUUUUCUGCGAGGUUCUCCGUGGACACUUUUUUCUUCGUCUCUGGGUUUCUGGUGGUGUACGCGAUGCUUCGCCGCUUCAAGCUCGACGGCAAUGGUGCAAAAGUGCAGCGAGUAUCGUCGUGGCUUCCGUUCUUCUACCUGCACCGCCUCCUGAGGAUCACCCCGUCCUACGUCUUCAGCCUUCUCUUGUGGUGGAAGCUGGCCGUGUUUAUGGGAGAAGGACCUUUCUGGUACCGCUGGGAGUUCUUCAUCGGCCUUUGCGACAAGUUCUGGUGGUCCAACGUGACUUACCUCAACAACCUGGUCCCUUGGCACCAGGGUGAGACUGGCACGUGCUUCUACCCAACCUGGUACUUGGCCGACGACAUGCAGUUUUACAUGGUGAGCCCCGUGUUCAUCGUCCUCUACAUGAGACGAAAGUGGUGGGGCGUGGCGGCGACGUUCCUUGCCAUCGUCGCCUCUACGGCGGCCAUGGCCAUCGGGACGUAUGUGAGGGGUUGGUCCGCCUUGACCCUCGACGGCUCGUGGGUAGUGAAGUACUCCGAGGAGACUUACACGGCGCCCUAUUUCCGGAUAGUGUCGUACCUGAUGGGGAUGCUCUUCGCCAUGCUGUGGCACGAGAAGCAGAUGCGAUGGCCGCAGUUCAAGCUGGCGGACUGGCAGCGCUACAUCAUGCUCUCAACGUCCGCGGUUAUCUUCUUCGUCGUGACCUUUGUCGGCUACUCUGGCUACCAGAACGCUCCUUGCUCCAUCUUCCAAGACCCGGCGUCGUCCCCCUGCGGCUCCGGGUGGACUGCGUCACAGCUGGCGCUGUACAACGCGGGCACCAGACCGGCGUGGGGAUUCGCUCUCAUACUCCUGUGCUUCGUCUGCUUCAAUGGCCAGGGGGGGCUCUUGCAGCAGUGGCUCGCGCACAGGGCGUGGGCGCCCCUCGCACGGCUGAGCUUCGGCGCCUACCUGCUGCACCCGCUCGUAAUCAACCUCUGGUUUCUCAACUCAACGACAAAGUUUCACUUCUCGAAGCUAGACCUGUUCAUGAGCUAUGUGUGCGUGUCGGGAGUGACUUUCAGCAGCGCCCUGAUAAUGGCGCUGAUCGUGGAGAGCCCUUUGACCAAGCUGGGACGGCGCUUGGAGAACAUCAUCAAGCCAAGAGAGAGGGUGCACAAGGUGAGCACGGAGUACUUCGCCGCGGAGCAGUCGCCGGGCAACAUCGAGCGGCACGUGCUGCAGCGGGAGGACUCCGACGACGACUUCCUCGAAGCCGAUGGCCGUGAAGAGGAAGACUUUUUUGUCGACGACGUUGGUCGCACACCCAGCCCGAUGCGAGGGCCCAUGAGAGCAGCAGGAGGGGGUAGAGGAGGAAGUGGUGGGUCCAACAGAAACGGGGUUUCGUCGAGAUUAGCAGGGAUGCAGGGAGGGGCUGCCGGUGGGACAAGGGGCGAGAUGGCGGCUCUCGUUGCCAACACGAACCCGGGGUAUCACGACUACAUGUCUGAGGUUACUCCAAGGCGAAGAGGCAGUGAGGCUUUCGGAUAG